AUGAGGCCCAGCGCAACCACCUUUGCUAAGGCAUUUUGCCUGGCAAACAUUGGUACUCUCUCCGUCGCCAUUCCUACCUAUGGCACCCGCGGCCCUGAGCUCAAGCACUGGCCUCCCAAGGCUGCUAAGGCCCUUGAGCGAAUGAUUGCCGCCAAUGCCAACACUGGUGCCUACGCUGUCUUUGACAUGGACAACACCAGCUAUGAGUUCGACCUCGAAGAGUCCCUGCUGCCCUAUCUGGAGAACAAGGGCAUCCUGACCCGAGAGACUAUGGACCCGACCCUCAAGCUCGUCCCCUUCAAGGAUACGGAUACGCACAACGAGACCUUGUACAGCUACUACAACCGCCUGUGCGAGAUUGAGGAUGCCGUUUGUUACCCAUGGGCUGCGCAAAUCUUUAGCGGAUUCCCUCUACGUGAGCUCAAGGGCUACGUCGAUGAGCUCAUGGCCCUCAAUGAGACAGUUCCAACCACCUAUUUCGAGGAUGACAAGGUGACGGCCAUUGACGUGUCUCCUCCCAAGAUCUUCGAGGGCCAGGUGGAGCUCUACAACAAGCUCAUGGCCAACGGCAUCGACGUGUACGUUGUGAGCGCUGCCUCUGAGGAGCUCGUCCGCAUGGUGGCUUCAGACCCCAAGUACGGCUACAACGUCCCGCCUGAGAAGGUCAUCGGCGUGACCCUUCUUAUGAAGGAAAAGAAUGGCGAUCUCACCACCGCUCGCAAGCAGAUUGAGGACGGAGAGUACGACAAAAAGAUUCAGCAGCAGAACCUGGAUGCCAAGAUGACCCCGUUCCUAUGGGCCCCGGCUACUUGGAAGGCCGGCAAGUGGGCCGCCAUUCUCACCUACAUUGACGAGUGGAAGAAGCCUAUCUUGGCUGGCGGCGAUACUCCCGACAGUGACGGACCAAUGAUCUUCCAUGGAGUUGAUGUCAAGAAGGGAGGCAUUCACUUGUGGGUUGAUCGCAAGGAGAGCUACAGCAAGCAGAUCCGUGGCAUGAUUUCGGACUUUUCCAAGGCUCAGAAGAAGGAAGGACUUCCAGUCACAGCAGACAAGAACUGGGUUAUGGUCAAGCCCGCGGACCUCCACGGAGAAUAG